GUACGCCAGGGGUGGCCGCCACUUUCUGUGUCUCGUGGGAAAUGCACAGUGACAUUUGGUGGGUCAGUCGUGUGCUUAGCAGGCACUGGACUUUCUCGUGUUCAGCUGAGGCCGUCGAAGGAGAGCCAGAUGCUCGACGAAGCGUGUGCGUCAUGGACGUUGAGCCAAUCUUUCAUUUCGUUUCAUUCAUUCAUUCAUUCAUUCAUUUUGUUCCUUACAUUUCCGUGAACACUGAACACAAGAAGCGCAUUCAUGGAAACACCAGCAAAAAACAAAAAAGCGGGCGAGAUUCUCGACAAGAGACGGCGAAAACUAAUUCUAUUUUGCGCUCUGCGGCCGUCCAACAACUUCAUCGACUUCUUCCUGCGGGUCAAUUGCUGCGGGUUAUCGCACGGCUCCAAAGUAUCCAUGCAGUCCGCGCUGCCUACCCCUGCCCACAUCAGCUGCCGAGCCGAAGAGGCAUCUCUUGUCCAGGGCAUCUGUCGCAUGAACGUGUCGUCGUGCCGCAGCCACAUCCCGUAAGGAAAAACCCUACAAAUGCAUUGUGCAUCCAUCCGUGUGUGUAGGUCAGUGCCGCAGAGGUGAGGGGACCGCCUCAAAGAGCUGCGAGAGCUCGCAACGCAGGGGCCCUACUCGUCAGACCGACGUGUUGCCGCCAAAUGGGGAGCUCUGCGCGGCUGGAGGGUUCUGCAUCAAAGUGGCGAAGAAGGUGGGUCAUGUGUCUGGCGUCCAUCUAUCCAUCUACAUGUAUCAAGUGGAGGCGUCCGUCCAUUGUGGUGCUGCCUGCUGCCUCUCUGUGUCAGGUCGGAUAUGACACCUCCGACGAGGACCACAUCAAAUUCAACAAAGACGAGUGAGCGGGCGGCACGGCAAAGAGGGAACAUACAUCUCUGAUGCCAUUCCCCUCCUUCUGUCUAUGUGUCUUUGUGUCUGUCUGUUCUUCAGCCGCGUGAGGCUGCUGAACCUCCUGAAGGCCGAGGCCCGACAGCUGAAGACUGCCAGCGAGACGAGAGGCCGCGGCCUGGGCCUAGCCAACGUCAACAGCAGCCUCACGCGGCGCGCCAACCAAUACGCGGCGAAGACCCACACAGAGCUCACAAAAGCGGCGGUGAAGGGCCUUUUUUCGGAGGCGAAAUGA